GGUGGGGCGGCACGAGCUCGCGGGGAGGGGGCAGUACGGACCCGCCCUACCCGCGUUGCUGCCAGACUUAGCACGAGGCCGAGGGAGGAGAGCAGGGGGGCGGCGGGCAGGUGCAGGCAGUGCCUGUCUAUUCAUAGUCGAAUUCUUGGAAGGGGCCGAGCCCGAGGGAGCAGUCUUGGGAGGGCGGCUGGAAGGGGGCAGCGGGGCCCCGCUCCCGCCCUUUGUUUGGGCUCGGCUCCUCCGGCUGCUUCGUCGUCGCCUAGCAACAGCUGUUCUGAACUGCGAUUGGCUGAGCUCUUGGCAGCAGCGACCAAUGGCAUGGUUGUUGCCAUGGCAGGUGCGAACUGCCAAGCUCAGUCCGGCCCCGCCCGCCGGGGCUCCGCCGACCGGGGCGGGCCUCCAGGGUGGGGGGCGGGACACCUGGGUCCCCAGGGGCGAGUGGCGGCGCGCGGCGGGGCCGGCGGGGCGAGGGUUAACCCGCCCUUCCCCCGUCCACCUGCUUUCCCCUUCCCCCGCGUGCCCCGGGCUGACCCUCGUUCCCUCCUCUCCCCGCCCCCGGCGGCGGCGGCUGCUGUUGUCACCCACCGGGCCGCCUGUCCCGCUUGCCCUCCCCGCCGCGGGGCUUGCCGGGCCGGGACAGGCGGCCGUCUCCUCUCUGCCGCCACCGCCGCCAUGCUGGCCGCUCGCCCACCCCACUGGGGGCCCCACCGCGCCCCAGCCCCCCGUGGGCCCCGCGCCAGCCCUGACCCGGGUCUCAGCGGCGGUGGCAGCCGAGGUGCAGGAUGCGAGAAGGCGCCCCCCGGCCGGGCUCCCGCUCCAGGCCUCACUCCCCUGCGGCCCUCUGAGCCCGCCAUGGCCGUCCCACCAGGCCAUGGUCCCUUCUCUGGCUUCCCGGGGCCCCAGGAGCACACGCAGGUAUUGCCUGAUGUGCGGCUGUUGCCACGGAGGCUGCCCCUGGCCUUCCGGGAUGCGACCUCAGCCCCACUGCGCAAGCUCUCCGUGGACCUCAUCAAGACCUACAAGCACAUCAAUGAGGUAUACUAUGCGAAGAAGAAGCGGCGGGCCCAGCAGGCGCCACCUCAGGACUCGAGCACCAAGAAGGAGAAGAAGGUCCUGAACCAUGGUUACGACGAUGACAACCACGAUUACAUUGUGCGCAGUGGUGAGCGCUGGCUGGAGCGCUACGAGAUUGACUCACUCAUCGGCAAAGGCUCCUUUGGCCAGGUGGUAAAAGCCUAUGAUCAUCAGACCCAGGAGCUGGUGGCCAUCAAGAUCAUCAAGAACAAAAAGGCCUUCCUGAACCAGGCCCAGAUUGAGCUGCGGCUGCUGGAGCUGAUGAACCAGCAUGACACAGAGAUGAAGUACUACAUAGGUGAGGCCUGGGGCAGCGGUACACCCGGCAGAGGACAGGGCUGGUGUCUUCACGGCAGGGGCUGGGCUGUAAUUCCCUGAUAUCAGUGAUUCUCCUGUGG